AUGAAAAAUGCAGCCUCUGUGAAGAAGGAUAAAAAGAAAAAAAAGAAAAAGAGAAAAGGUGUUGCAACACAAGAGAAAAAGCAAAACACCGGAGCGAUUAACAAAAAAGGAAAAAAAAAAACAGGCCUGCUUGAUGAUUAUAAAAUUCAGCCGAAGAAAGAAAUAUGUAAAUUUUUUUUUAAAAAGGGAAAAUGUAUCCACAAUGAAAAUUGUACCUACUCACAUGACGUCACACCGAUAUAUAAAAUUUCAAAGCUGUGCAAAUUUCUGGUGAAAGGAACAUGUCAAAAAGAAAAUUGUAUUUUCUCCCAUGAUUAUAAACUCUUCUUUUGUCGCAAUAAUGUAAUUUACAAUUCGUGUUAUAACCCACAGUGCAAAUUCAAGCACAUCAAAAUAGACAGCUCAAUUAAUAACGCCGAUCAGUACAAUAUAGAGGUGGAUAACCUCCUUAGCAAGGAUGACAAAAUCAGAUUUUUGUAUAAUAAUAAAUAUUAUUUAAUGGAGCUGUUAAUUAAUAAGUACCAUAAAUUUGAUAACUUCAAAGAGCAGCAUAUAGACGAUUUGACAAAAAAAGAAUCCUACCCCUGGUUCAUCAAUGGCAUUAUUGAUUUAAUUAAAUUAGAUUAUAAAUUCAGCAAGAUAGAUGGCUUUUUAGGUUUAGUAGAUAAGUAUAAAAAUAAAGUUCCUACUGCGAAUGGUUCAGCGUCUAGCAGUAAUGAAAAUGCUCAGAACCACGACCAUAAGGGUGUUCCCGGAGAGUCCUCUAUUAUUGAUGAUUAUACAAAAGUGGCAAGGGAGUAUGUAGAGGGUAGCAAUGAAGAUGGGGAAAACGGUACACACUCGAACAGUAACAAGAACGACAACAACGUCAAUGGUAACAGUGGUGAGGAAAAUUUCAGUGACUAUAAAUUUUACGCAAGUGACGAGGAAGAGGAUUACACCAAAUACCUGAAUAAAUACUUCGAAAUAGAUGGGUAG